AUGGCUAUCUGUCUCCUGUCUGAGCCCUGCUAUGAGCCGUGCUAUGAGCCGUGCUAUGAGCCGUGCUAUGAGCCCUGCUAUGAGCCCUGCUAUGAGCCCUGCUAUGAGCCCUGCAAAGAGCCCUGCUAUGAGCCCUGCUAUGAGCCCUGCUAUGAGCCCUGCUAUGAGCCCUGCAAAGAGCCCUGCUAUGAGCCCUGCUAUGAGCCCUGCUAUGAGCCCUGCUAUGAGCCCUACAAUGAGCCCUGCUAUGAGCCCUGCUAUGAGCCCUGCAAUGAGCCCUGCAAUGAGCCCUGCUAUGAGCCCUGCUAUGAGCCCUGCAAUGAGCCCUGCUAUGAGCCCUGCUAUGAGCCCUGCAAUGAGCCCUGCUAUGAGCCCUGCAAUGAGCCCUGCAAUGAGCCCUGCUAUGAGCCCUGCUAUGAGCCCUGCAAUGAGCCAUGCUAUGAGCCCUGCUAUGAGCCCUGCUAUGAGCCCUGCUAUGAGCCCUGCUAUGAGCCCUGCUUGACCUGCUCCAUUCCAUAA